UCUAUGAACCACCUGCUCUCCUGUUCUAUUAGCACCAAUGAUUUCAUCUUUGCACAUGUCGCGGGGCAGAAGAAGCAAGUUACAAUGGUCAAAAGUGAACCGUACGUUUCAUACACAUUUCACAAACCUCUACUUUUCCCAGCACUGGGUUUGAUAAUAACCGAUAAUGGAGUGGGAAAAGCCUUCAUCAAGCGCAUUGCUGCCGGAACUGUUACAGCAAAAGCAAACCCGGCAAUUGAGGUGGGUGAUUACAUCGAAAGUAUAAAUGACGAGAGUAUGGUUGGAAGAAGACAUUUUGAUGUUGCGCGAUAUUUGCGAACACUUCCUGUCGGCACAACAUUCACGCUGCGAUUGGUGGCGCCAAAAAGAAGUGGAUUCAAUUUCAUCUCGACAUACAACAAACCGAAUAAAGCGCUAUCUGCAUCAAAUGCAAAUCAGACCAUUCGUUUCAAAGCUGACGGGACAAUCAUUGUGCAGAUCAGCACUGUUCCUAACUGGACUGAGCUAUUUUAUGCACCAGUUUAUUCUCUUUAUGAUCCUUCUGACAAGCAAAAUAUACAAUAUUCGGGUCGUUACUGCCUCUUUGAUGAAUUCCAAUUUCGAUUGAAGGAAGCGCCAAAUAACUUGCUAAUAAGCAAAAUGAAUGACAUAUUCAAUUCAUAUCUGGGUUUUCACGAUGAUGAACUCGCGCAUACAGUUUGUGAAUUGGCUGCUACGAGCGAAAACGUUAACGAUUUCAUGAACACCCUUAAAACGGUAUGGCACACUUCGUUUAAAAUUUCCAACAUUGCACAGCUGAACCGUUUAAUAAACUAUCUGAAGGAGUAA